UGGCGAUCUGCGACGAUCCUCGCGCUGCUUUGGCAUGGUUGGUGCUCAAACCAGUGAUCUCCUUCCCUCACCCUCCUUGAAGUACAUCUUUCUGUUACCAUCGAUGCUCUCCUUGUGUCAUUUCCAAUGCUAAUAGCUGGAUUGCGUUAUCCCACGCAUGAUCAACCAUGCAGGAGGAUCUUGUGUUAUAAGGCUUACCGCUGGACUUUGGAUCGGCAUUUUUAUCCUGCAUAUCUCUAGUCUUUACCGGAAAUUCUUGCUUCUAUGAAUGUUCGCAGGUCGUAUGAUCUUCCCUCGCAGGAUAGGCGCUCAGGUGCACUCAAGACGGUCACAUUCAAGUGGGCGCGGGGAGAACUCAUUGCUAAAGGCAGCUACGGGAGGGUGUACAUGGGGUUCAACGUCAACAGCGGUGAAGUCAUUGCCGUCAAGCAGGUUGAGAAGAGUCAAGAUGAUAGAAGCGAUAUCAAGAAGCGCACAGAGCUACUGGACGCUCUGCGUUUCGAGGGUGCAACGCUGAAGGACCUUGCCCAUCCGAAUAUUGUGCAAUAUCUUGGUUUUGAAGACACGGCCGAAGCUCUCAAUAUUUUUCUGGAAUAUGUUCCCGGUGGAACUAUCGGCAGUUGUGUUUUGAAGCACGGAAGGUUCGAAGAGAAUGUCACAAGAUGGUUCACCGCCCAAAUCCUUGACGGACUGGAUUACAUACACUCGCAAGGCUUUCUGCAUCGGGACCUCAAGGGGGACAAUAUCCUUGUCGAAACUUCUGGUCAGUGCAAGAUUUCCGACUUUGGAAUAUCCAAGCGGCAGGAUAUGGAGGGUCGGGCUUUCACUGAGCUGAAAGGGACUGUAUAUUGGAUGGCGCCCGAAGUCAUCAACUUGAACAAAGACGAUGGAUACGACACCAAGGUGGAUAUAUGGUCGACGGGCUGUGUGGUUCUGGAGAUGUGGACUGGAGGACGUCCUUGGGCUGGAUUCGAGCAGAUGGUUGUGUUGUUCAAGUUGCACACCGACAAAUUGCCUCCUCCAAUCCCAGCCGGGGUGAGCGUGAGUGAGACUGCCAUGGAUUUUUACCGCGAAUGUUUCAACACCAAUCCCCGAGAACGGCCAUCUGCAGCUGAGCUUCGCGAGCAUCCAUAUCUCACACUACCCUAUGGAUGGUGCUUCCAGCUUGCAGACAUCGAGCAGCGCCGAAGGAGUCCUGACAUGCGGACUCAGAAUUCAAGUCGUCGGGAUCCGUCAGUGUCAUCGAAUCGCAGGAAACGGGUGCAAGCCGAAUCUCAACCCCUCUCUCUGAAACCAAAGCUACAGAUCCGUUCACCCCCUCCCCUUGUUUAUAUCACACCGCCGGGAUCACCGGCGACCGCAUCGAUCUCGACAGGCAGCUCGUUGAUCUCAACUCCCGCCUGCGUGAAGAAACGUAAAUCUUUCCGCGUCGUCAACCCAGACCCCAGUCCCGAUGACAACCAGGAGCGGCUUGGAUUUAUGUAUGAUCCUCCCCCUUUGCCCGAUUCGAAGUGCACGCUACGGCCCACCAUAGAAACGUUUUUGACGAUCUGCUCCUCCGAUAGCGAGACGGAGACGAGCACAGGCAUCUGGAAGAAGCCUCUGGACCGCAUAUCUUGUCUACCUAUGCACCACCGUCCAAGCAUCAUCGGGGCCGGCGAUGUUGUCUCAUGGGCACCGCGUCCCCGAGUGCGCGAUGUCUUUUCCAAUCUGGACGAGUUCUUCCCGAGGGUGGAUCUGGACAAAGCCAUUGUCGCACACAGGCCCACGGAUGGUCUCCGCAGGACUCGCAGCAUGAGAAUGGCUGUCAAAUCUCGCAUGACCGGCAAAGAACGACACACAAUUGGCAUCACCAAAUUCUGGGGCCACAAGGUUGUCGAGAUAACUCACGCCAUCUAG